UUUUUUUAUCUUUAUUUUUUAUCUUUAUUUUUUAUUUUUUUUUUUUUUUGAUUCCUUUUUUUUUUCUCUUAGUAUUUGUUUAAAAAAAAAUGUUGUCCUUAAAAGCUCAGGUUCAUUUAGAUGAACCUUAUACUCAUAGAGCUGUGAUAAGAGCGCUUGAAAAUUCUUCAAAAAUCAAUUGGACCAUUGAUGAAGAUGUACCUGAAGAUAAUGCUGAGAAACAAGUAGAUCCAUCAUCUAUGCAUCAACUUCAGUGGCUUGAAUAUGAAUUGAUCAAUUGGCAAAACUUGGCUAAAAACCCUCAACAAACACUAGCUAAUGCUUAUUGUAUUCGUAAAGGGUUAAUUCGUAAGUCACAAUUUGCUUAUAACGUAUCUAAAUACCUAUCAAAGAAUCCUACAAGUAUUUUGAAACAAGCUAUUCCCGAGACUUGGUUGUUUGAAUUAGAUCAUGUUGAUUAUUUUGAAGAAGCCAUGAAUGAGGUAUAUGAAGUUGAACGUGAUUUAAAUGAAGAAGGUAGCGAACACAUGUUUAUUAUUAAGCCUAGUAUGGCUAAUAAAGCAGCCGGUAUUAAAGUAUUUAAUUCACUUGAGCAGUUACGUGCUAUGUUUGAAGAGCCAGAAUCAGAUGAGGAGGAAGAAGAAGAAGAAGAAGAAGAAGAAGACGAUGGUCGAGAAGAUUUAUCACAAGUACGUGAGUGGGUUAUUCAACGUUAUAUUAAACAUCCUUUACUUGUUAAUGGACGUAAAUUUCACAUACGUGCCUAUGUGUUAGCCAAAUCCAACAUUCAAGUCUAUUUAUAUAAGCCCAUGUUAGCUCUAUUUGCUAUGAAACCCUAUAAUACGAGUAAUUUAGAAGAUAACUUGAUUCAUUUGACAAAUACAUGUAUUCAACAAGGAGAAGAAGGAUUUGAUGAAAAGGCGUCUGUAAAAUUAUUUUGGGAAUUAGAUUUACCAAAGAAGGAUUUAAAUCAUCUCUUUGAGCAAAUGAAACAUAUUUUAGCAGAUGUAUUUGAUGCUUGUACAAGUGAAAUGACGACUUUUCAAGCUAUGCCUAAUGCGUUUGAAUUAUUUGGAGUUGAUUUUCUUGUAGAUCAAGAAUUAAAUGUAUAUUUCCUAGAAGCCAAUGCAUUCCCAGAUUUCAAACAAACAGGCGAUAAAUUACAAUAUAUUAUUCAAGAAUUAUUUGAAGCAACUCAUCGUGUAGUAAUUGAACCUUACUUUACAGAUAGUCAAGAAGAAGUGAUAGAUGAAAAUUUAAUUAAAGUAUUUGAAAAGGAAUUAUUAGCUUUAUAGUUAAAUAAAUAGAAGAUUUUAUUUAA